GAGCGGGAGCGCCUCUGGCACUGUGUUUGGGUUGGGGCCGCAGGCUUGCAGGGUCACACUUCUCGGUCCCCACUGCCGAGGCUGGGCUGGGAACGGGAGCCGCGUCGCCUCGCUCGCACCUCCAAGGCCGUCUUCUGAGGUCUUGAGCCGAGCCCCAUCUGGCGCUCCUCCGCGCCCCCGCCCCAGUCCUAGCGCCCGAUAGCCGCCCCCGGCCCAGCCCAGCAGGUCCGGGCCCCAUUGUCCCUGUCCCCACCGCGGCCACAGGCCCCUUGAGCCUCUCCUCUCCCCACUUCCCUUCCCAGGCAAGCCCCCCAACGCCUCUAGCAGCCGCUCUUCCCCUGUCUCGUCCGCGGAGGUGGUUGGUUACCAUGGUGAAGCUGGCGGCCAAAUGCAUCCUGGCAGGAGAUCCAGCAGUGGGCAAGACCGCCCUGGCGCAGAUCUUCCGCAGCGACGGGGCCCAUUUCCAGAAGAACUACACCCUGACGACAGGGGUGGACUUGGUGGUGAAGACGGUGCCAGUUUCUGACACGGGGGACAGUGUGGAACUCUUCAUUUUUGACUCUGCCGGCAAGGAGCUGUUUUCUGAAAUGCUGGAUAAACUGUGGGAGAGUCCCAACGUCUUGUGUCUCGUCUAUGACGUGACCAACGAGCAGUCCUUCACCAACUGUAGCAAGUGGCUGGAGAAGGCUCGGUCACAGAUUCCAGGCACCUCCCUCCCAGGUGUGCUAGUGGGGAACAAGGCAGACCUGGCCAGCAGACGAGCGGUGGAUUCAGCUCAGGCCCGGGCAUGGGCCCUGGGCCAAGGCCUGGAAUGUUUUGAAACGUCCGUGAAGGAGAUGGAAAACUACGAAGCCCCCUUCCACUGCCUGGCCAAGCAGUUUCACCACCUGUACCGGGAGAAGGUGGAGGUUUUCCAGGCGCUGCUGUGAGGGCCGGGGGCGGGCAGUGCCCCACGACGGCACAGCGCCACUGGGGAGCUGGCGGGGACUCGGGCUCCUCGGGGAGACGACUUCCAAUGUAUCCUGACAGCUUUAAAUAAAAUGAGAAGAUGUAGGAGCCGCCACUCCUUCCGUUCUUGGCCGGGGCGGCCCUGGUUCCGUCUUGCCCCUUGGCUGCCAGUUCCAGGGCGGCGCUCAGAGCCUUGGUGGCCUGGCACCUGCGGGGGCCGCCACCUGUCAGAGUGGGUGGUCCUGCCGGCCCCGAAGGGCCUGCCCCGACAGCACGGCCCACGGUGGGAUGCUCGGCUCGGAACUGGCCCCACAGCUGAGGAGCCCACAGCUCUGCCUCCUCCUGACGGAUUCGGGUUUGCUGCCUGUUCUGCCGUCCCCUGCGGUGGCCACGGUCACUGACCAAACGGUGCCCUCUGCCGGCCCCCUCGGGGCCUCCUCCGGAGUACGGCGCCCAGCCCCUCCCAGCUGCCAGGAACCCUGAGUGCCCAGGGAGCCGAGAACCAGGCCACUUUCCUUUAAUGACCCGCCUCUCAGAGCCGGGCGACAGCCGUAAUUCUUAGCGCUAAGCUUGACUCUUUUCCAUCCCGUGGCUGCUGCCAGAUUAAUCUUCCUAAAACCUCACUUUCAUCGUUUCGCUCCCCUGAUGAAAGACCACAGAGGUUUCUCAGUGCCUUUUACAUCAGGGCUGUGCGCCAUGGUCUGGCACGGAAGGCCCGCCAGUCACCAUUGCUGGGGGCCUCGGCUUCUUUCAGCCCCGGUGCCCCCGAGGGCUUCCCCCUCGCCCACUGUCAGGCAUCCCCCCCUCCUGCUUCGUGGGGGCGGGGGGCUUCAUGCAGCACGUCAGCUUCUGGGGUGGACAGACCUGGGUCUGUCCCGAUGCCAGUGAUGAUGAUGACAAUUACUCUGGGUGGUUAAUGACCUGCCGUGUCUCCACCUGAACUAAGCACAUGACCUGUAUGGGCUGACUCAAGCCUUACAACGUAGUCUUACCAUCCGCUUCUACAAACGAGGGACCGGAGUCCGAGAAUCCAGUAACUGAGCUAAGGGGGCGCAGAGCAGGAUCACGGACACCAGAGCCCUGUGCACAGCCGCUGCCCCUUCGCGCCCCCCACCCCCGAGCUCGGCCUGGCCUGGAGCAGGUGGAGGUCUUUCCAUCUGCGAAGGGUGAUGGCUAGGCUGCCCCUUGAGGCCAUCAUGAGAAGUCAGCUAACGGGUGAAAGGCAUCGGUGGGGGCACAUGGCAUCACCCCGUCAGGCCCUGUCCAGCCCCUUCCUCUUCUGGUCCUUUCUCUACGUGAGCUCACAGUAGCCAGCAGGCUUCCUGCUGAGUCACCCUUUCGGACGGUGGUUCCCGAGGACCUACAGUGUGUCAGGCUUCUCUCUAGGCGCCAGCGGUGCUGAUCUCGUGUCACGUGGCCCACACGGGAAACCUACAAAAAACAACCAAGGAGCCACGGAGGGGGCAUUUCCAGCUGCCCCAGAAUUGGUUACUGGGACCCGCUGCUGUGGACAAAGAGAUGCUAAGAGCUCCCAGAAGGCUGGGGCCAGACACCUUCCCUGGGGCAGGAUUGGCCCUGCUGCCAGGAACCAGCCCCGGGGCCCCUGUGCUCCUCGCCACUGCCCCCUCCCCGUUUGUGUAAGAAAGCUGAGCGGUCGAGAGGAGGGAGUGCGGGGAGAUGGGCUGUUGGUGAGUGGGUGCCCCCCCAGCUCCUGCCCCAGCCCCAGAGAAUGCUCCUGAAGCCGAGGGCACUGCCAACAAGAGGCUGGCGUCUCCCUCCCCCUCUGGGUGCCCGCUGAGUGCAGGAGCCUCAUGCCGGCUGCAGGCGCGGGGUGCUGAGGGUGCCCUGGGGGGAGCUCGGCACGCAUGCCCCGGAGUUGUGCCUGCUCCAGGGGGACCUGGUGGGGAGAAGCCUGUGUCACCGGCAGGAAGAGCAGGUGCCCCCAACUCUGUUGUGCAAGACCCCCAGAGGGCUCAUAUAAGGAUUCACAUAGAGCAGAGUCAGUGGGCCCCCCAGACGGAUCGUGGGCAAAGGGAGCUGCUUCCCACCUGGAAAAGGUUGGGGCCUAUUCUGCUGGCAGUGCUGAAGUGGGGGGGUAUGCCUGCCACCUCCUGAGGAGGUGCCCGCCACGAAGGAGUCUCUGCCCCAAAACGACCAGACACCCAUCUCCACAGAGACAGCGGCAGAUAGAAGCAGACCCAGAGAGGCGUGCGAGGGAAACGGAAGUAGCUCACCUCUGACCCCUCUGCUCCGAGGCACCCCAGAGAGAGGAGAAGACAAAGCCCUUGCUUCCCAUUCCUGCCCCUUCUGUAGAGGAGCUCUGAGCCAGGAUGGGGUUUUGAACUGGCCUGGUCUGAGUUCUAAUGAGCGAGAGCACCUGCACUGUGUGGGAUCUCGCUGUCAUGAAGACCCAGGGGGAAGUGGGGGUCAACGGAGCGGGACAGAAUAAAGCAAUUAGGGAAAGUAAGGUGGUUGAGAUUCUCCAAUAAACGUACUAUGAUCA